AUGUCUAAUUCGGUUGCUGCCAUCCUUCGCACUAUUCUUCAGCCUGCUACUGGACUAAGCAGCGGAUUGUCAACUGCGUUUAUAUCGCUAGGAUCUGCCGUGGAUCAAAUGAAGGCAAAACAGGAGUCGAUGUCAAAGGAAAUCGAACAAGUGAGAAGGAUGACACGAACCAACUGGAUAAUGGAGCCCCAGCUUUUGAAAGAACGGCGCAUUGCAGAGCUAGAGAAGUACUGUCGUGCUUUGCUGGAACUUGAAGUCUGGUAA